AUGGUUUCACGGAUAGUAGCCCUACUCCUCUCAGGAGUCGCCGUCUUGCACGCGCAAGCCCAGACAGUCGCAUUUCCCGCUGAGCUCGUCGGCACGUGGAACAGCAAGGCAAACUCGACUAUGACCGGACCGGGCUUCUACGACCCCGUUAACGAGAAAUUCACUGAACCCCAGCAUACCGGUAUCAGCUACUCCUUCACCGCAGACGGUCACUUCGAGGAGGCAUAUUACCGCGCCAUCGCGAACCCGCAAGAUCCAAGGUGCCCAAAAGGCAUAAUCCAAUGGCAACAUGGCACCUUUGAGAAGUUUGAAAACGGUUCCCUGAAGCUCUCGCCCAUCAAGGUCGACGGCCGACAACUAUUCUCGGACCCGUGCCAGUACAAGAACGCCGUAUACACCCGCUACAAUGCGAGUGAACUAUUCCAGAAAUACGAGUAUGUCGCUUCGGACCAGUACCACAAGAUUCCCCGCAUUACGCUCUACAAGUGGGACGGCGCCCCAAUGAUGCCGCUCUACCUCGCCAUGACUCCGCCUACCAUGCUACCCACCACCACGCUCAACCCGCUCGUCACCCAAACCGCCGCUCCCAAGGCUAAGCGAGGCGAGCUGCCCAUGAACCACGAGGUGCUUUUCAAGAGGACUCCCGGUGCCGUAAGGGCAGAUCAAUGGUGGUGGUUCGGUGUCUUCAUGACAGCAGGCGGCAGUGUGCUCUACUACUUUUUCUAG